AUGAGCUACAUGACACAAGGGUCUGCCAUUUUCAAUUUUCAGAGUCUGUUGACUGUAAUCUUGCUGCUUCUAUGUACCUGUGCUUAUAUCCUAUCCUUGGCACUCAGCCUCCUGGACAGAAAUAAAACUGGGCUGUUGGGUAUAUUUUGGAACUGUGUCAGAACUGGUGAACGGAACAGUCCUUAUGUUGCGGUAUGCUGUAUUGUGGUGGCCUUCAGCAUCCUCUUCAUACGGUAG